GGAGGCAGUCGAACAUAAGGCGAUACACACACAAACACACACACACACACACACGAGCGCGCGCUGGAGAGGGUCGGCGCAAAAGACUGCACAAGUACAGAUUCCAGCGCGCGCGCGUAUGCGUGUGUUCUGCAGAAGCCGUGUUUUAUCUUUCAUGACUCGGGACUUCCUACAGACUGAAUGCACUGACAUCCUGAAGCAGAAAUUAAUGUGUGGAGGUUUGUGGUGGCGCGUGUCUCUGCCAGCUGCUUCCCCGCUGCACUGAGACGUGCGCGCCGUCCAAACUAACGGACACUCUUCUGUCUUCUGCACGGCGGGGAAACACACACACACACACACACACACACACACACAGCACACAGCUGCAAAAUGGCUAAGGAGACAAAAAGCAAAGUGACUUUACGCAAGCACAGCGCUUCCCACUGGUGUAUGCGCAACAUUGCCCAAGAAUCUAUGGACAGCUCUGAUGAUGAGUUUUUUGAUGCCCGAGAGGUACUAGAAGGGAAGACUGCUAUGCUGUUGGGAAUGAGUCAGUGGAACUCCAAUGACCUAGUAGAACAGAUUGAGACUUUGGGGCAGAUUGGCCAGACACAAGAGAAUCUGCGCCGUGACCAGCCUAGGUGCAUCCACCAGAGAAGCAUUGAUGGACUAGAUAGUCUUGAGACGAGAUGUAAAACCCAGGUGCUUGUAUUGGUGGUGCACGGGGGGAACAUUCUGGACCCGGCCAGUGGUGACCUGGGGGCAAAGGCUGCAGAUGUGGCCACUCUGUCUUCGGUGCUGGAGAAAGUGGCACAAGCGCACUUUGAGGCUGCCACACAUCACAUACUACUCAAGCUGGUGCCGUGUCCUGCUGUAUGUGCAGAGGCCUUUUCCCUGGUUUCCAACCUGAACCCUUACAGUUAUGAUGAGAGCUGUGUGUCGAGCAGUGUGGAUCACCUUCCACUGGCAGCACUUCCCCUCCUCGCUAUUGCAGCACCUCACUACCAGGAUGCUGUGACAAUAGUUAUCGCCCAAGCCAAUAAGGUCUACCACAGCUUCCUGCAGUCCCCUGAAGGACAAGGCUUCACUGGCCAGGUGUGUCUGUUGGGUGACUGUGUGGGUGGCGUGCUAUGUUUUGAUGCACUGUGUUUCAGCAACAGCCCACAGCAUGACACGCCUAGUCACAGAGGGAGAUACAACAGUAUGGAGAGCCUAAGGAAUAACCCAGGGCUUCUAGAAGAGGCCAACUUGGGUUUACGCUCCAGUAAGCGCCUCAGCAAAAGCAACACUGACAUUUCAGCCCCUGAUGGGAGUCGUGUCAGGAGGAAACGGCUCACCCGCAAACAAAGUGACUCGUGUGCGAUUGACUCAUCCAAGAGCCAACAACAUCCACUUCUCAGCAGUUUGGUUCAGGAUGGAAUAGACCUAAGUACUGGAGGAAGCAGUCCAUUGUUGAAUCCAGGCCGUUUUGACUUCGAGGUGUCAGAAUGUUUCCUGCUAGGCUGUCCACUUGGACUAGUGUUAGCCAUGAGACGCACAGUUCUUCCUUCAGUCGAAGUGACUCAGCUGCAGCCUGCCUGCUCUCAGAUCUUCAACCUGUUCUACCCCUCUGACCCGUCAGCCUCCAGACUGGAGCCCCUUCUGCAUUCUCUCUUUCACCGGCUGCCUCCAUUCACUGUUCCACGAUACCAGCGCUACCCGCAAGGCGAUGGCCGCUCUGUCCUCAUUGCUGAUGAUAUCCAUGGCCACCCUGAUGUGUUCCUGGAUGAAGAAACUGUUCUCCCAUUCUCUCCGAGGGUAAAUGACUCAGAGGGAACAGUGAAGCAGGUGGUUGGCAGAGGCCGCAGGGCAAGUCUGACCAGCACAGACAGUCAGGCAUCCGGCUGCUGGGAGAGCAAGCUUAGCUGCAUCACUGCCAACAUCUCCAGUAUCUGGUGGGGCUCUAAACGGCUGGACUAUGCACUUUAUUGUCCGGAUGUAUUGACUACGUUCCCCACUGUGGCUCUGCCUCACCUGUUCCAUGCCUCCUACUGGGAAUCUACUGAUGUGGUGGCCUUUCUGCUCAGACAAGUGAUGCAUUGUGACUGUGUGAAGGCUCAGGAGGCAGAAAGCUCAGACUGCAUGUCCUUUUCCCCUUCCAGCCCCAGAGAGAAAUGGCUACGGAGACGCACACAUGUUAAGCUUAGGAAUGUCACUGCCAACCACAGAGUGAAUGAUGUCAUUGCGACUGAGGAAGGGCCUCAGACUCUGGUUGGUCGCUUUAUGUACGGCCCUCUAGACAUGGUUACUCUAACAGGAGAGAAGGUGGACAUAUAUUUAAUGACACAGCCUCAAUCAGGGCGCUGGGUGCACUUUGACACUGAGGUCACCAACAGCAAUGGCAGAGUAUCCUACACUAUCCCUGACAGUAAAAAGCUGCCUGUGGGAGUUUAUCCUAUUAAAAUGAUUGUCAAGGGAGACCAGACGAAUGCAGAAGCUUUCCUGACUGUGCUGCCACGGGGAAUGGAGUGUGUGGUGUUUAGCAUUGAUGGAUCCUUUGCUGCUAGUGUCUCCAUUAUGGGCAGUGACCCUAAAGUACGGGCUGGUGCUGUGGAUGUGGUCAGACACUGGCAGGACUUGGGUUAUCUAAUUAUCUACAUCACUGGGCGUCCAGACAUGCAGAAACAGAGAGUGGUGUCAUGGCUUUCCCAGCACAACUUCCCCCAGGGCAUGAUCUUUUUCUCCGAGGGGUUGGUGCAUGACCCACUGCGCCAGAAAACCAUCUUCCUUAGAAACUUGAUUCAGGAGUGUCACAUUAAGAUCAACUCGGCGUAUGGCUCCAUGAAGGACAUCUCUGUCUACGGCAUGCUGGGUCUCAGCCCUAACCAGAUAUAUAUAGUGGGCAGACCAUCCAAGAAAUACCAAAACCAAUGCCAGUUCCUCAGCGAGGGCUAUGCUGUGCACCUUUCUUCACUGCAGUUUGGCCACCGGGCUCGGGCCAAGAAGACCUCAUCAAUGCGCAUGGUGCUGCGUAAGAGCUCUUUUGGCCUGACGUCAAAACCGGACUUCCUCUCCAAGCGCACACACCUGCGACGUACCAUGUCUGUGCAGCAGGCUGAACCUCCCAUGACCUUGAAUCCCAAACCGGAGCGUGCCCAGAGCCAGCCUGAGUCCAAUAAAGAAACUGGGGGUAGUGAAGGAGGUGGCCAUAUGAUAUGGGUGCGGGCAGGCAUGCACCGGGGUAACACCACUCCCUGAUCACACAGAAAGCAAGAAGGUUGAGGAAAGAGAAGACAUGGUUUCUCAGUACAGUAUUUUGGUAUUCAGAUGGGCUUUCAUUUGAGGAUUUGCACUCUUUGUCCAUCCUUCAGUGCUCUGUUUCUCUUCUGCGUUAUCUUCACAUCUAAACGUUUGAUUGAGGCACUACAAAUCACAUCUCUGCUUCGAGUAUCACUAUGUACAGCUUACUUCAUCUCCCUGUGGAUUUGACACAUCAUAUGUAAACUACUGCCUAUUUCUCAACUCUCCUGUUUGAGUCAAGGCAAUAACAGAGCUUCAGCAGAGUUGAAAUCAUAAGUAAGUAGUAAUUAAUCAGUAAUUAAGUAUCAGAAUCCAAGUACAAAGCUAUAUUUGAGUUUCAGUUUUUAAGGAGCCAGCAACACAGAGGUAUUUUUUCUGCUUGGUCUUGUGAGAAUUUGACUUGCUCUUUUCUUGAGCUUGGCCUCCAGGCAUCCUAUUUCAAGGUAUUCUGUCAGUCCUGUGCCAGGCAAAAGGAAAUUUAUAAGAUUCCAGCCAAAACGUCAGGAUGUCUAAAGCCCAAGGAAAUAUGCAGGGUUGAAAAGGCGAGCUCAUAACAUGCUUCUUGGACAGGUCUUGAUGCUGGCUCCCGCAAUAAUCUUUUUGUGUAAAUAUUGCAGACUCAACACUGCUCUCUUGGCAGCUGUCCGUGAGCUGGCUGUAAAAAUGGGGCUAGGCUACCGUACGCUAACACCAUGCCAAAGUGCCAAUUUGACCCAAACCCGCUGUUUCAUGGUUCAGCUGCACAGCCAGAACAGUGCAUAUGACAGCAUGGAACCUUUGCUAGGAGAAGUGCUGAACUUCCCCCUACCUCUGUGCGAGGUCACGCCUCAUGUCCCAUCUCUCAUGCCUGUUAUAUCAGUAGCUGUGGAUUGACUGCCAGAUGAGCGGAUUAUCAAACAUCAGUGGUUUCUGUCAUGGCCAAUAUUCUCCUUGAUUUAAGAAUAUGUAAUGCUCAUAUGUGCUUUUUUCAAACUGUAAGUGACAUAUGUCCAGAAAUUUCAACUUUCAGAGAUUUAAAAUGGAGGCCAGCUUAAGUGUAUUACAUGUAUUCUGUACAUUGUGAUGUCCCUCAAGUUAUCACUUAGGUGACUAUUGUAACUUGCACUAAAUCAAAUUGAUUAUGGUAUUAUAGGUGUAAUUGUUUAUGGCUGAAUACAGCAAUGUUUACCAUUCCAAUAAUAGUUUUUGUAUUUGUAUUGUAAUAGUGGUUGUUGUUGUUCACAAGGUUGUGACUCUUCUGCCCUAAUAUUACACAGUAAUAAGUUAAUUGUUUAAUCUGAUAUUGAUAUUGUUUACAUAUAAACGACUCAUGUAUAGACUGCACACUACAAGCCAAUGGUUUGAAUGUAACAUUACUUUGAAAAAACAAAAAAAGAAAGAAAUCGUUACAUAACAUGAUGGUCAGUGUGAAAAUAAAAGCCCCCCCCCCCAAAAAAAUGGUUCUUUAGACCUAUGCCACAGCAGAACCAGCUAUCUAUAUUUUUACCUCUUUAGAAACUGAAUAAUCACAAGAAAGAUUGGGGGAUUGUUUUUAGCUUGUUUUAGUUUGGCAAGAUUCAUCAAUGAAAAAGGUCUUUCGGAAACCAUAAAAUUGUUUUUCUAUUUCACUCUGAAGAACCAUUUCAGCCACCUUUAUUUUUAAGUGUGUAACGGACUGUAGUCAACAAAGACCCUGAGGGCUUUUUGUCUGUAAUACAUCAGAAUAAGAGUAUCACUCUUAGGUUAAACUAGAUGUCAAUAAAUGUGUUGGUUGUUAGUGGAAUGACUAAAUUGUACAAUAUUUUUGAAACUCGAAACAUUCAUUGCUUGCUUUCAUACUGUUGGUCAACAUAAUCUAUAUAAAUUGAGAUCAAUAUGACAUAUGAGAUGUUAAUUGUCUCUAGUGUUGUAUUUGUUGCUUUUAUAUUAAUGAAAAGUGUUUCUUCACUGAAGGAACUGAAAACUGCAAAGUUUCUUAAUUUGCUUAACCAAAGUAAGUGACACUUGUAUAAUGUCCUAAUGUCAAUGUCCUUUACAUAGACCAGUUAGUGUGUGUUUGUGUGUGUGUGUGUGUGUGUGUGUGCGUGCGUGCGUGCGUGCGUGCAUGCGUGUGUGUGUGUGCGUGUGUGUGUGUGUGUGUGUGUGUGGGUACUACUAUACAUACAUGCAAAUCUCACGUCUGUGUUGAUUUGAACUUUUUGUAUUUAUUGUAAAUGUUUGAAAACAUUAUGUAGCAGUCAUUGUGUAUUUCCUUUUCUUUUCUGUCCUUACCCAGAGGUCAUGUGAUUGAUAAAUCCAAUCUUAAACUGAGCCUGCAGCUUGAGCCUAUGUGACAAAGAAAUUUUAAGACAGCUUUUGUGAAGUGCGAACAUUUCAGUGUCACUUUCUGAAUUAGUAUACUCAGUAUAUGAAUGUAUUUUCAGCCUUAUAGACAUGUGUAUAACCUUUCAAAGACAUAGACUUAUCUGUAUAUUCAGAGAAUAUAUUUGUAAUUUAUUCAAGUAAUUUAUUUUAAGAUACAGCUAUAUUGUUUAUGACAGGACUAAGGUGGUAUAACUCACGAUUGUGGUAGUUGCAGCCAAUAAAAUUGCUUUUGGCUCAGUGUGUGACAAAAGCCUGCACCUUUCCUCUGUGUUAUACCAUCAGGUAAUCUGCAGUGAAACCGUCACUGCAUCUUUACAAUUCACAAGCAGUUAACAUUUCUGGUAACCAGUGAUGGAUCUAAUGUACAUACACUGAAAAUAAAUGAUGUGUUGGAUUUACGUACAAUA